AUGGGUGAAUAUUCUGAUUAUAAAGUAAACUAUUUUGGUGAAACUUUAAAAUAUGCUCCAAAUAUAGUGUACUUGGUAGUAUAUGCCAUCAUAUUUGCAUACUAUUCAGGAAUGAUUAUAAAAUCUCGAUAUUGGUUUUUCAAUGUAACAUUUUUCAUUGGAUAUGGUAUGGAAUUUAUUGGGUUUUUAGGUAGAGUGCUAGCUGUUGGUCAUGAAGAACGUUUAGAUUAUUAUACAAUGCAAAGUUUCUGUUUAACUGUGUCACCUGCUUUUAUUAUGGGUGGUGUUUAUUUUACAUUUGGUCAAUUAGUUGUUGUACAUGGAAGUGAAUUUUCCAUUCUUCCUCCAUUAUGGUACUCUUACUUUUUUAUCACUCUUGAUGUUUGUACUAUUUUGAUUCAAGCUGCUGGUGGUGGUAUCGCAGCUGCUGGGGGUACUGGAGACACUGGUACGAUUCUUAUGAUUGUCGGGGUUGCUGCACAAGUUGGUUCUAUGAGUAUCUUUUUAUUCUUUUGGUUUGAAUUCUUAAGUCGAGUUUAUUUCAAAUACUCAAAAGAGGAAAAGUAUGCUGGUCCAUUGGCUAAAUUUAAUUUUGUUAAUUUCCUUAAAAUGAUAUUUAAUGUCCCAUCAGCAAGAGCUUAUAAAUUGAAUGUUUUAGAUGAAACAUAUGAUCCAAAGUAUUACAAGCUCCGUCAAAUGAGAUUGUUUGGAUGGCUCCCAUUGGCAAUUACUUGUGCUGUCAUUGCUGUUUACAUCCGUUGUGUUUAUAGAGUUGUUGAAUUAGCACAAGGAUGGAAUGGGUAUUUAAUGGUUCAUGAAGUUUUCCUUCUUGUUUUAGAUGCUUCAAUGAUGACCAUUUGUGGUUUGGUUUUCAUUCCGUUUCAUCCAUACUGGGUAUUUGGCAAAGACAAUAAGCUUCUGCGUAAUACCCUUAAAGAAUCCAAAAAGAAUAAAAAAGACCAUAUUAAUGAUGAUAUUGAAUUAGAAGACGUUGAACAAUAUAACUGGAAACCUGAUAGAGACGAAUACUGA